AUGGCCUCGGUGAUCGAUUUGCCAAACAGUCACAAGUGGUGUCCAAGCCUCGCUCGAAACUACCGCAACUACCGCAUACGUUGCGUUCUCGAUGUCGAGCGAUUUGUAGGACUCAACAUCGACAGCGGAGAGACACGGAUCACCAUGCCAAUGCGCAACGCCUGCUUGACGUAUGCACCAACGUCGAGCGCCUCGUGCGAUGCGGCUGCCGCGCUCAGAUCUUUGCUGCCCAGCUCAGUCAGCAUGUGCUCCAACAGCCGCUCCGCCAAGCACUCACAACUGUGA